AUGGAUCAGGGCCAGCACAACCCUCCUGCCGGACACCAGAUCGUCCACGUACGGGGCGACUCUGAGACCGACCUGGAGACACUUUUUAACGCCGUGAUGAACCCGAAAAACACCAUCGUACCCCCUUCCGUACCCAUGAGGAUGAGGAAACUGCCAGACUCCUUCUUCAAACCUCCUGAACCAAAGUCCCAUUCCAGACAAGCCAGUACCGACGGAGGGAGUGGCGGAGUACUCACACCCCACCACGUCCGAGCCCACUCAUCCCCAGCCUCCCUGCAGUUAGGAGCCGUUUCUGGUGGCUCCCUGUCUGGCAUGCCCCCAGCAGGUGCCUCCCCUCAACAUCUCCGUCAAUCUUCUUAUGAGAUUCCAGAUGACGUGCCCCUGCCUCACGGGUGGGAAAUGGCCAAGACUGCCUCUGGCCAGAGAUACUUUCUCAACCACAUCGAUCAAACCACCACUUGGCAGGAUCCCCGCAAGGCCCUGCUCCAGAUGAACCAGGCUCCCCCGCCCAGUUCUGUACCGGUGCAGCAACAAAACCUUAUGAAUCCAGCCAGUGGUCCUCUCCCUGACGGCUGGGAACAAGCUAUUACAUCAGAAGGAGAAAUUUACUACAUCAACCACAAGAACAAAACCACAUCCUGGCUUGACCCACGACUUGACCCACGCUUUGCCCUGAACCAGCAGAGGAUUACCCAGAGUGCUCCAGGGAAGCAGGGAGGCCAGCUUCCUCCGAGCCACAGUGCAGUCAUGGCGGGCAAUCAGAUGAGACUGCAGCAGAUCGAGAAGGAACGGUUGAGACUGAAGCAACAGGAGCUGCUUCGGCAGAGACCACAGGAGCUUGCUCUAAGGACUCAGCUGCCUAUGGAUCAAGAUGGCAGCACGAACCCGGUGUCCUCCCCUAUGGCCCAAGAUGCCCGGACCAUGACGGCCAACAGCUCUGACCCAUUCCUCAACAGCGGGACCUACCACUCCAGGGACGAGAGCACAGACAGCGGCCUGAGUAUGAGCAGCUACAGCGUCCCUCGCACUCCAGAUGACUUCCUCAACAGUGUAGAUGAGAUGGACACAGGGGACCCUCUUCAACCCUCCAUGGUCACACAGCCCAGCCGCUUCCCCGACUACCUGGACGCCAUCCCGGGGACAGACGUGGACCUGGGCACCCUGGAGAGCGAGAGCAUGGCGGUGGAGGGCGAGGAGCUGAUGCCCAGCCUGCAGGAGGCCCUGAGCUCGGACAUCCUCAACGACAUGGAGUCCGUGCUGGCAGCUACCAAGAUCGACAAGGAGAGCUUCCUCACAUGGUUAUAGAGACCCGAGCGCCUCGCUGCUCCGCCGACACUCUGAACUGCUGCCUGCUCUGAUCUGUGAAGGAUUCAUGGAUGCUUUUUACAAGACAUUUCAGCAAGCGUCUCUGUCUCGGCGCAUAAGGCCGACCUCUUUUGAGGCAGUAUUUUUUCCUGUUCUUCUCACUGGUGUGUUAUCUCUUCAUUUUGUCUGUGUCUUCAAGGCUGGCCCAUGAACAGACAAUUACGCAAGGGUCCCCCAAAUCUUUCACAGGUCUGUCAGUGAAUCUAGGGCAUGUUUUACCCUGAUCUCCCCCCUGGUCUCCCCUCAUAACUGAGCUUGGCGAGUGCAUGCGCUCUUCCUCAAGGACUGCCGCCGUCAGCUGUCGCCCCGGAGUCUCUGGUGCCUCUUCCUCUUCCAUUAUAGCAUCAAGCAGCAGUGCUUCACUGAAUUUGGGACUGUUGCAACUAGCUUAAGUAGCUUUAUAUUUUGGCCUUGUAACUUUUUAUUCUUUCAUUUGUUUUUUUUUUUGUUUUGUUUUUUUAACAAGCCUGAGAAACCAAAAAUGAUGUAUUAGAAGCAUAAAGAACAAUACUGAUUUGGAGUAAAGGUUAAUGUGAGGCCCAGUUUGGACGUGUUGGCUUUGCUGGGGGUGUGUUGUGUGUGUG